AUGGAGAAAGUUCUGUGGCUCUUUGCUGCUGCAUCAGGUCUGAGCGCCGCCGCCUCUGGACGUCACUACCAUUUCAUUUACGAGCCAAAGAACUGGACCAACGCUCAGAGCUACUGCAGAGAAAACUACACCGACCUGGUUACCGUGGACAACCAAGACGUCGUGACGAUCCUGAACGACAUGGCCGAUCUGGAGCAGAUGGAUCCCAAGCCUGUUGCCUGGAUCGGUUUGUACCAUGAUGAGAUCAGAUGGAACUGGUUGUCUGGAGGUUUUUACCAAAGCGAUGAGCUGAAGUUCCAGAACUGGCACCGAAAAGAGCCAAACAUCCCCUGGUACUUACCGGCAUGUGGGAUUAUGGACAGCUCUGGGAUGUGGCACGAUGCACCGUGCGAAGAGAACAUUUACCCGGUCUGCUCCAAUGUGUCAGAUGAGGGGGCGAACUUUUUCUUCGUCGACGCUGCGAUGAGCUGGGAGGAGGCUCAGAGCUACUGCAGGGAACUCUACACAGACCUGGCCUUUCCCAAAAGCCAGUUUGAGAACUCAUUCAUAAAGGCUGAGAUCCCAGACGGCGUGUAUGGCUGGAUCGGCCUUUACUUAGACACCUGGAAGUGGUCAGACGGACCCAUGUAUGGGUUUGUACACUGGGCAGUGGGCAAACCUGACGGUGAGACGCAGCGAUGCGGCGUUGCGACCUUUGACAGCUCUGGCGUCUGGGAUGACUGGGCUUGUGAUGAAAUGAAGCCAUUUAUCUGCCACCAUGACUCUCCACCCUUCACAACACAAGUGGUGAAACUGAAGCUGGUAGGAAAUGCGACUCUGGACCUGAAUGACCCUGCGGUCCUGGAAAACAUGAAGGAGGAGCUCCAGCUGCAGCUGAAGCAGCAGGGCGAGGCUGCAGACGUCAAGCUGAGCUGGAAGAAACAGCAGGAUGGAAAAAUCUUCCACCAGGAGGAGGAAGAGGAGGAGCUGCAGUUUGUUCUACUGAUAAAAACAUCUGUCAUGAAAAUGUUUUGUUCUUAUUUGAAUCCUCCUGCUGUCGUUCCAGCAGCUCUGGGCUCCGUCUGCUCUCUCCCUGUUCGUCAGUACCACUUCAUCUAUGACCCAAAGAACUGGACCGAGGCGCAGAGUUACUGCAGGCAGCGCUACACGGACCUGGUCACUGUGGACAGUGUGAACAUGGUGACCAUGCUGAACGGCAUGGCAGACGUGAGCAGAAUGGGAUCAACUGCAGACGCCUGGAUCGGGCUGUACUUUGAUGUGGUCAGCUGGAGGUGGUCGCUGUCAGACGAAGGUUUCUACGGAGCGGACGGGAGCUACAGACUCUGGUCGGCCGGAGAGCCGAACAGCGCCUGGUACACAGUGGACUGCACUCACAUGUAUGACAAUGGAUACUGGAACGACGCUCCCUGCCAGUGGGUUUACGGAUCCAUCUGCGCCAACACCAGCGGACAGGCCGCAACAUUUUUCUACAUCAGCACAUUAAUGAACUGGACCGACGCUCAGAGCUACUGCAGGCUGCACUACACAGACCUGGCCAGCAUCAGGAGCCUGCAGGAGAACGAGCAGAUCAGGACGAUGAGGCCUGCAGGUCUGACGGUCUGGAUCGGCCUCUACAAAGACACCUGGAAGUGGUCCAACGGAAACCUGUUCCUGUUUUCUUACUGGGCAUCGGGGCAGCCUCAGGGCGGCGUGGAGAACUGCACCGUGGCAGACUUCAGCCUGUCCGGGCACUGGGAGGACUGGCCGUGCGGCUUAGAGAAGGCCUCCGUCUGUUACCAUGACGCUGAACCUUUCACUCGGCUCACAGUGAAGCUGAAGCUGGUGGGAAACUCUGUUCUGGACCUGAACGACCCGGCAGCCCUGGAAGACCUGCUGAAGGAGCUCCAGCUGAAGGUUCGGCUCCAGGCUGACAUCAGACUGAGCUGGAGGAAACGGCCUGAUGGGAAGAUCUUCUACACUGAGAAGCAAAAUUAACCCAAAGUUUCUCCACAUGAGAAAUUUGAGUUUUAUUUUGAUUACAGGAGGUAAAAGUAACAGCAAAUGUUACAGUAUGAAGGUUUAGAGGUGAAAUCAAAGACCUUGAUUUAGCAGCUGUAGUUAAAAGGCCUUUUGAGUUAAAGUCACUGGAUAAAUGUUGGUUUAUCUGCUGUGCAAUUAAAGUUGAUGCUAAAGAUCUUAAAAGAUUAACACUGUAUUAUUCGUAACCAUUUACAUCAUAGUAAGAUGUUCCGUCUUUUUUCUCUUUUUUCUUUUGCUUUCUUUGUUUUUCUGACUCUUUCUCUGCCAACACUGACAGAGAAAGAGUCAGAAACAAUAACCUUCAACACAACAUUUUUUGUCAAACACAAUAUUUUGGUCUUUUUUACUGUCUGUUUAUGAACGGAAACUUAAUUCAGUCCGAUCUAAACGGGGACAGCUCCCCCUGCUGGACUGUAGUUAAUCUGCACCACAUGUAAACUAGUUGCAGGCAUAUUGAUGCAAUGUGUGAAGACUGUUUUUAAUCUAAAAAUAAAAAACAUAUCUGCCCUC